AUGAACGGUCAAAGUAGCCAUCAACAAUCAAAAGAUGGUCGCCACGAUGAUGACGCCACUCUUACAGAAUUCCUUUCUUCUUUGAUGGACUACACUCCUACUAUACCUGAUGAAUUGGUGGAGCAUUACCUGGCCAGAAGUGGAUUUCAGUGCCCCGAUAUCCGAUUGACAAGGCUGGUAGCAGUUGCUACGCAGAAAUUCAUUGCAGAUGUUGCAACUGACGCUCUUCAGCAUUGCAAGGCAAGGCAGUCAGCCAUAGUCAAGGACAAAAGAGAUAAACAACAAAAGGAUAAGCGACUGAUCUUGACUAUGGAAGAUCUUUCCAAGGCUCUGCGUGAGUAUGGCGUGAAUGUCAAACAUCAAGAAUACUUUGCCGACAGCCCAUCUGCCGGUUUAGAUCCUGCUACAAGAGAUGAGUGA